AUGGGCAACUUGUAUCAUUCCUCUUGCUUCACAUGCUGUUCUUGUAGUCGGGCACUGAAGGGCAAGGCCUUCUACAACAUACAAGGCAAGGUUUACUGUGAGGAUGACUACCUGUAUUCAGGAUUUCAGCAAACGUCGGAAAAAUGUGUCAUGUGUGAUCAUUUGAUCAUAGAUACAAUUUUGCAAGCGAUGGGCAAGUCAUACCACCCUGGUUGCUUCCGGUGUUCCGUGUGCCACCAAUGUCUUGACGGGGUUCCAUUCACCAUUGACGUCAAUCACAAAAUUUUCUGCAUCAGUGAUUAUCAUAGCAUCUAUGCGCCGAAAUGUGCCUCAUGUGGUCUCAGCAUUGUUCCUAAACAGGGCAACGAUGGUACCGUGAGGGUCGUUUCAAUGGACAAGGAUUUUCAUGUAGAAUGUUACAAGUGCAAUGAUUGUGGUGUUCAGUUGACAGAUAAAUCGGACAAACUCUGCUACCCUCUUGAUGAUUUAUUACUUUGUCGGGAUUGCCAUCUGGCCAGGAUAUCAUGAUCACAUUAUAUUUUUUUUCUUUUUCUUUUUUACCGUUAUUUUCACAGUAAAAUGUUGAUGAUUUGUUGUUUUUGUUUUUUUUUACAUUAAUAAAAAAAAUUAUGUUAAUAUAAAUAAAAAUGGAUUUGUAUUUAUUCUUGAAUGAAGUAUUAUGUAACAUAUUUUAUUUUCUAAUGAUUUAAAAAUCUGUUUCUACGUGAUAGCACUAUUAUUAAUCUUUUUUCUGAAUCUUCAUAAUUUUAGGCCAAGAAAAGCAAGUUUGCUCUUAUUUAUAUUUGUAAAAAUUUAUAUAUAUGUGUAUAUAUGCAUAUAUAUAUUAUAUAUAUAUAUAUAUAUAUAUUAUAUAUAUAUUAUAUAUAUAUGCAUUUAUACGUACAUACUUAUAUGUCAUAAACGAUGUGCAAACGUAUUUAUGGCAUAACGACCUACAUUGCUAUUUAUCUAUUCAUCUUAUAAACGUACCUCUUACGAUGAAAGAAGCGAGAUUGAAAUGAAAAGCGACAAUCAGACUGAUCAUCAAAAUUCACACAUGGCCUUACUGACAAUUGAGUUUAUUCAUCAUCAUCUUAAAUGACAGUUACUCUCUCUAUAUUAGCUAAUGUUAUUUAAUUUAGUUUUGUAUUUAUACUAUUGAAUUUGAUUAUACAUGAACGUUUCAAAGUGGUGAUCUUCAUAUUCAUUUGUGCCUCUGUACAUUUUUUGCAGUUUGCCAUUCUAUAUAAAAUGUAAAAAAAU